AUGAAGACGUUCUUUGGCUGCGUAUUCUCUCUAUUCCUUCUCAUGGCAUUCGUUCCAUCAUCUGAACAACAAGCUUUUCUUAAUCCAUAUUUGUCCAACUUAGAUCAACCGGACUAUAAAGGAGCACAUCAUGUUGCAGCAUUCAUGCCCUACCAGAAGAAAUGGUCCCGCUUGGAGCCAUCCAUCCGCUUCUUCAAGCGAUCAGGAGCUUUUGAAAACAUGCCACAGAUAGUCUGA